GGAGAGGAAGGAGAAGAAUAAGAGGGAGAAGCAGGGAGACGUCCUGAGAUCCUGGGACUGCACUGAAAGAAAACAGGCAGUACUUGAAGACUUGACAAAUGCAUCCCAGGUUGAAAAACUGCUGCAUUCCUCCUCCUCUUCCUCCUUUAGAAAACUGACUUCUUUAAAGAGGUGAGAGAAAAGCAAAAGUAAUAAGAAAAUGCUGGGAUCAGAACGAGGUGUAGUGGAAGAAUGGCUGUCAGAAUUCAAGGCAUUACCUGAAACACAAAUUUCCAGCUAUGCAGCUACAUUGCACCGAAAAAAAACACUGGUACCAGCUCUUUAUAAGGUCAUUCAAGACCCGAAUAAUGAGCUCCUGGAGCCUGUUUGCCACCAGCUGUUUGAACUGUAUCGUAGUUCUGAAGUUCGGCUCAAGAGAUUCACACUGCAGUUUUUGCCAGAAUUGAUCUGGGUAUAUCUGCGUCUUACUGCCAGCAGGGAUAGGCAGAGCAAUGGUUGCAUUGAAGCACUGCUGCUUGGCAUUUACAACUUGGAAAUUGCUGACAAAGAUGGAAACAACAAAGUUUUAUCUUUCACCAUCCCUUCAUUAUCUAAACCCUCAAUAUAUCAUGAGCCCUCUACUAUUGGGUCCAUGGCUUUAACUGAAGGAGCUCUAUGUCAGCAUGAUCUCAUCAGGGUAGUUUACAGUGAUCUUCAUCCUCAAAGAGAAACCUUCACAGCACAGAACCGGUUUGAGGUGCUGAGCUUUCUUAUGCUGUGUUACAAUUCUGCUAUAGUAUAUAUGCCUGCCUCUUCUUACCAGUCCCUCUGUAGGAUGGGUUCCAGGCUGUGUGUGAGCGGAUUUCCGCGACAGCAUGAGAAACGCUGGAAAGAACACUGUAGUAGAGUGGUGUUAGACCCUGACUUCAUGGUGCAGCUGCUCACAGGUGUUUAUUACGCCAUAUAUAAUGGUCAGUGGGAUCUUGGCCAGGAGGUAUUGGAGGACAUAAUUUACAGAGCACAGCUUGAACUCUACUCACAGCCUCUGCUGGUUGCAAAUGCCAUGAAGAACUCACUGCCCUUUGAUGCUCCUGACGCAUCGCAGGAAGGCCAAAAGGUACUGAAAGUAGAAGUUACUCCAACAGUGCCGAGGAUUUCUCGGACUGCUAUUACAACAGCUUCUAUCCGUCGUCAUCGCUGGAGAAGGGAAGAUGGCUUUGACUUCUCAAACGAGGCUGACUCAAGCAUACCUGGCUCACCGAUCCAACACGGCUCCACAGACGUAGGGAUCAAACGUGAGCAAGAGGGGGAGGUGCUGAUGCGCAGGACCCCUGAGCAUGGCUUCCCGGAGCCCACCUUGGCAACAGCCACAACAGAGGAUACUGAAGGUGUGAAUGGAAGAGAGGAAUCUGUUAACCUUAAUGAUGCUGAUGAAGGAUUUUCAUCAGGAGCUUCGCUCAGCAGCCAGCCAGUUGGGACCAAACCCCUAUCAACCGUAUCCCAGAAGGGCAGCUUAAGGAAAACAAGUGGCCAUUCUGCUAAGGAUAAAGAAACCUCUUCUGCAGCAAAAUCCAAUGAGAGCCCUAGAGAUCCAGUAGCUUGGAAGCAGUACAUGCACCAAUCUACUGACCUUGGUGCAGAUAUAAUUGAGAUGACACCUACAAAGAAACACCUCAGCCUGCCUGCUGGGCAGGUGGUGCCAAAAGCCAACAGUUUGAGCCUGAUCAGGACCGCCAGUGCUUCUUCCAGUAAAUCAUUUGACUAUGUGAAUGGCAGUCAAGCAGGCUCCAGUGUUGGAGCUGGUACAGAGGGUGUUAGCAAUCUAGCAGCUGGCAACACCAAUCGGUUUUCAACUAUCAGCCUACAGGAGGACCGACUAGGCCAAGCUGGGGAAGGUAAAGAUCUCCUUCCCCCAGGAGCUCCCCUAACCAAGCAGUCUCGAUCUCCAAGUUUCAAUAUGCAGCUGAUAUCCCAGGUGUAACUUCGACUCCCUUCAUUAGGACUCCCCCUUGGCCCUUGAUCCCCAGGCAAGUUCAUCCUUAGGCAAAACAAGAACCAUCAUCCCGCAGUGUAAAAAUAAUGACUGUUGUGAUCUUGUUUGAUUUGGUUUAGCUAUCAUACUGUAUUACUGAAACAGCAAUAAUUCUUCCCUCACCUUCAUCCUCCCACCCCUUGUAAACAUGGUUGUGAAGCAGUAUAUAAUGUACUGUAUGCCUUUUUCCAUGCCUUCCUUUCUCCUUGGGUGAUGUGCAAUCCAUCGUAGGCUGAUCAGUCCCAUUUCAACACUGUGAGACUGGAAACACCGGCAGAAAUGGUGAAUGUGAUCCCUAUGAGAUGAUGCUUUGGCUUUGUUAAGAAAUAGAAACGGGUUUGUUUUCUCAGUCUACAGUACUGCAAAGACUACUGGAUCAUGACUUUUUCUUUCUCAGAACCAGGAGUGCCUCAGAGAUUCUAGUGUGACUUUGGACCUCUCUGAGUCUGUGCAAUCAAUUCUGGGGAGGGGAUUGUCAUUGCUGCUCCUGGCUGCCUACAGCACUUUUUUCAUUAAAGAAAGGGUAGUUGUUUCUUGCCUGCCCCAGUCUCUCAUCCCAGAAGCUUUUGAUGUUCAGCAACUGAGACGUGUAUUAACAGGUUGUUUCCCUCAGAGAGAGGAUUCUUAGUAGGUAAUAUAGGUUACAAUGCACUACUAAUGGCGUUGUAGCCAUUUGUCAUGUUACAUGUCUUCCCCUCCAGGAUACAGGGUCAUUCUGCAUACAGACUAAAAUUUAGACACCACCAUGAUGUUAAAUCAAUUUGGUUUGUAAGUGGGAAGGGAACACUAUUUUCCCAGGAACUAAUGGCUAGCUCUGCUCCAUUUUUGUUGUUGUUCUUGUGAGGUGCUGAUCACUGAAUUGAAAGGUGUAUUCGGGUAAAGAGUAUUUCUCAGGCUGCUUUCUAUGGUAUCAUGGCUGUUGGACACCCCUGGCCCCUCACACAGCUGCUUUCUCAGUGUCCCUGAAUUCAGUCAUGGAGUCAUUUGAAGAAUCCUGCAGUCCAGACAGACCAUACUCUUAAGGGGCUGUCUCAGGGAUAGAGACAAUAGUUUGCUAGAAAUACUGAAGCUUCAAUGUGAAAUGCUUUUCUAGAAGCACCAUUUGUGCAAAGGGGUACUGACAGUCCUUUUUUUCUCCAGAAGGAUCACGCUUCAUCGCCUUGGUAUAUAUAACUCAUUGAGGUUUUGAACUUAUUGCAGUGGAUUGGCCCUAUUCUAGAAAAUUCAGAACUCGUGCCACUGAGCCAAGCCUUGAAUGUAUAUGACUGGUGUAUGGGCACUGGCUGGCACUUAUGCUAAAGAACACUGCAUAGAAGCACAUUUCUGGUUACACAGGAGAAUGUUUGUUAUUUUCUCUCCAUCUCUAUUUUUUUUUUAAUUAUUAGAGAGAGAAGGAAAAAGUUCAUCUUCUCUGCUUCAGAUAUAUAUGAUACCCUGGAAGCUGACAAAUUGUAAACCCACAGGAAAGAGUUACGAUCUUUACAUGGGCACUUUGGCUUCACUGUCACUGUGAAGGAUAAACAGAAGCAAUUAUAGAUAGCAGGUUGUAUUUGAUAGUCUUUGAGAAAUUCAGGACAAUGAUAUGAUGUUGCAUUGGUGGUAGAUGUUUUUAGGUUUGGGUGGUUUCUUGCUUUUGAAUUUAUUUCAAGGAGAAAUUUUUCUUUCUUUCAAAUUUACAUUAAAAUUCAUUUAAAUAUUUGAAGGGUUUUUUUGUGGUUUGACAAAUCACUUUAGCAGUCUAGUCUUCAUAUCUUGCACUCUAUAGUGAAUUCAGUGGCAUAUUGACGUGCAGAAAUUCAUUUAAAAAGUAACUAGAAUCAUCAUCAAAAAGAAAUCUUACAAUUUCUGUAUUAAUCUUGAAGGACCACCGCAGAUGGAACUAAGGCAGAGUUGCGAUAAAAUGUCAAAAGCUAUAUAUGAUUAAACUUUUUAUUUUAUAAAAUUUUACAAGUGGAGACAGUUGGUAGGUCAUGCCUGUACAAGGUUUAUAUUUUGUAAAGACCAUCAUAAAGGAAAUUCUGUUGAAGAGUUAUCACUGUAGAUUAAGAAGGACCAAAUAAUUUGCUUAAGUCUUUUAGAAGAAGAGAGUUCAAGAGUGUCAGCUAACUUUUAAUAGUUAUUCUAGUAUUUUAAAGCAUAGAACUGUUCAUUAGCAAGGUUCUCUACUUUCUACAUUUGCUAUUAAAAGCAUUCCUUCAGAAGCUUUAGACACUUAAAAAAAAUGACAUUGGGCCAAAUUUUACAACUUGUUAAAAAUGUCUGUGGGAUCCCACACUAUUAACCUGUCUCAGGAAAGUGAGACAACUCGGUGACUUCAGAUAGCGAAGUCAGAUAUGAGUGCAUAAAUUCAAAUUGCUCAAAACUUAAGUCAAACUACCUUAUGAAAUACUUUUACAGUUCUGAUUUUGAUGAUGUGCCUUUUGUUAUUUCAUCCAUUGUAUUUUGGUUUGUUGUCCUGUAUAUAAACCAAUCCUGUAUAAGGUUUUUUAAAGAGUUCAAAUUUAUCCCUGUAAAAAAAAAAAUAAUUCUGAUGUGCACAUCUGCAACUUCUGAAAAUUACCCUUUCAGUGCAAUGAUUCAGUUGUGGGAGCUUGUUUUGUCAUUUUCAGACAAGUGCUGUUCAAAAUCUAUCUUAGAAAUUACUCAUCACUAGUAUCUACAAACCAGCUGUAGUAACAGGCUUUGCUAGUGCUGUGUAUCAUGUUUAUCGUUAGUGCUUCUAGAUGUGUCUCAAACUAUGCCAAGGUGCAUUAAGAUCGAGGCAAAACUUACGUGCUAAAGUUCAGUACAUUUCAAAGUACAGUGGCAGAAAUAAAAUCAGAAAUAUCUGGGAUGUGGGUUGAAGGAGUAAUCUGCUGGCUCUCUGAUUAUAUAUGCUAAGUACUAAACAGAGUAGAAAACAUAUUUUCUGACAGCUGUGACAAAUAUUUAGACUUAAAUCUCCAUCUUGAAUUCACUCUGCUGUGUCUUGGUUUAGAACAUUCGGUACUUGACAUGAGGCACUAGAUUUAGAUUUCUGCAGCUUUUCAGUGCGACUGCAGCAUUAAUAAAAGGUUAGAAAGCAGUACAGUGAUUUUUUCCUUGUGUAUGUGCACAAACAUGCAUAUACAUGUAAUUCUUAGGUGGGAAAGUAUGGGUACUAUAAUUUGAGGUGUAUAUACAUUUAAGUAGUGAUAAAUAUUUGGUACACUUUUUACCACAUCAUAUUAUGCUGCCAUUUCGCAACAUAUUUUUUGUUGGGCUUUGUAAUUUUAAGAAAAUACAAAAUGUUGGGAUUGGUAAAUCCAUCUUGAUUAUCCUUUUCAGGGGCUUAUUGUGAGCAGCUUUUUGGAUGAAUAAUGCACCAUUUUUUCAUCCUGCAGGCAGCAAAGUGGUGAAGUAAAAAUGCCUGUUAAAAUGAAUGUUGCAAGAUGUCAGUUUAAAUUGCUUUAUUGCAUUUAGUUUUCAUUUGGAGACUUUGUAUGUCACUGUCCAUUUUAAAUGCAGAUUUCUUUGAACACCCUUUCUGAUGUGAAUUUGGAAAAGUUUAUUAACAACAUACGUCAUUGUGCAAUGCUGAACAUCAUGCUGCAGCCAGUAAGCAUUAGAUCUAGUAUUUGUAGUUUGCAAGUGUGUUGGUCUUAAACGCUACAUUUCCAACAUAUUCCUGCUAGCUUUAACAUAAUUAAAAUUACCUGUUUUAACAUCAAAAUAAUGAGAAAAAUUCUUUUCUGACGAAACAUUUAUUUGCACUACUUACAAAUACUGGAGUUUACUGGGACAGGGUUUUUUCUCACCAUGUGAGGUUUACUUGUGUGUGGGUAGGUACAUACAUUUGUCACGUGUUGACAAUCAAUUGCCUCAACUGUGUGUAUACUGUAUGUAAAUAUGAACAUAUUUUUCAAGAUUAAAGGGGAAACCUGCAUAUUAGUGGUGGUGAAGCUACUCUGUAGUAAGGUGACCCCAAAUCUAACCCCUUUUUUGUCUCCAGAUGCUGUGUGGCUUGUUUUACUUCUUUAAUGAAGAUUAUUGGUGUUCUUGGAAAAUUUUAGCUCCAGGGAAAUUUUCCUCAAUAUUUAAUGUAUAACGUGUUCAGAGAAUUAUAUUUUGAAAAAGAAAUAAUUUUGAAAUAGAUAAUUCUAUGCUAUGCCUGUAUUUUAACCUAAGAGUUUAAACUUGUCCUAUUUUAUUGUGAACCAAUGACUAUCUCUUCUAAGUGUUCAGCAUUUUAACUUCGGUCACAAACCAGAAUACUUUAUCUUGGCUUGCAAAUUUUAAUUCAUUUGAAGAUUGAGAACCAAGAAUAACUUUUUGAGUGAAAUCACAAAAAUCAAGAAGACUGGGUGCUGUACUCAUAAUCCUGGAGGAGGUGUGGAGAAUAUAAUGGAACAUGUUUGGGUGAAAUGUAUGUACUGCACACAAAACAAAGAUGGUUCUGAUGUUAGUAAAUUUAAUAAUCUCAUUCUUAAAUUCUGCGAUUCUCUCAUUGCCAAAGAUAUUGCUACCUUGGCAUAUUCAGUAUAGCACUAAAGCCAUUAGCUAGAUCUCAUUUGUAACAACUGUUUACAUCAUAGGAAUAGUUUCCAUCAGAAGAGUAAACAUGCUCCUUUUUAUUUAUUUGUUCAUUUAAAUUUCUUGUUUAGGAUAAUUGCAGGACUAAAGUUGCAAAAUGUCACCUCUUUCCAAGCAUGGUAAGCAAAGAAGCCAGAUCCUCUGUACUUGCAUUGCAUUUCUUGUUUUAUAUAAGAUUGUUAAAUAUUUUAUAUUUUCCUUCAGUAUUUUAAAUGCUGUUUGUUUCCAGCAUAUGGGCCUUAAUCUCUUUGUUAUUUUUUAGUUUGUUUUCUCACUGCACUCAGAUAAACUUUGCUGUGGAAAGCUUUUCUGUAGGUGAUUCAUGGUGGCAGAUUAUGACAUGGGUGUUAUGUUAGUGAAUGCCUGUUAUCAGUCUGUCAAAAUUUUUAUGUUGUGACCAGCUGAAGAGCCAAAAUACUCACUUGCCUCUUGCAUAGUAGUGGCAAGUGAUGCAGAGCUGUGAGCAACUCGGUUUUUCAGUAGUUGCUGAAAACAAGCAGUAAGUGGAUUUUGCAAGACUGAUAUGUACAAGGAUUUCCACGUACUCAUUAUGAUAUUUUAUUUAAAAUUAAACUCCUCUUGAAGCAACAUUUUGAAACAUACCAGCUAGCUGUUUCAGUUAUCUUGCCUAGGAAGUCUGGCAAGUGUCAGGGCCUGUGACAUGAAAAUUUCAGAAGCAAGCUGUCUUAAGGGUACCUUACAGCUUCCAGAAAUUGAUUUGGUAAAAAUCUGUUCCAUAUGAUUUGUCUGUAUUUAAGAUUUAAUGAAAAAAAAAAAACAACUGUCUUUUUUUCCAUCCUUUUAUUUACUUUUCUCUGGGCUACCCUCCUCUCCUGAUUUCUUCUUUUUUCCUUACUGUGUUUAUCAGAUUUUACCAAAAGUAGUAGCUGAGGGACCAAGUGGCUUUAAAAUGGGUCCAUAAGUUACCCUCCUAUCAUAAAGAAUUACUAAGCUAGUCCUGUGAGGAGCUGUUGAUGGGAACAGUAUAGUAAACUCUUGUGUCUGUACAGUAAAACCUUGCCCUGUAUUUUAGCUUGUGCAUGAUGAGCAGUGAUCAAGUUUUAUUAACCAAUUACUUGGUUGUAAGCUCCUGGUGUUUUACAGUUGAUAAAUGUAAGCAAUUUAGAGUGGAAUGUCUUUGCAUUCUAAAGCAAUUUAAAUUUUGACACUUGACAAGAUGAUUAAUCACUCAUUAAAAUGUGGUACAGAAUUCACACAGGUUUUUGGUUUUAGAGGGUAAAAUAGGGGGGAUUUGUCAUAGAAACCUCCUUACAAAUUGCUAGGGGAUCCUGCGUGUUUGAGCCCUCAUCCUCCCCAGAACUGAUCACAAAGCAGAAAAAACAGGCUGAAUGAAGAACCCUUUUACCUUUUGUUUUAAAAUAAGGAUGACUUGGGAGUGACAGAAAUACUGGCAAUUGACACUGUUCUUUCUGUUUAGGCAGUUGUUGUUGUUGUGCUAGACUUUCAUGCCAAUAGUUUAUGAAAAAUGCAAAUAGUAAAAACUUUGUGGCUUCAAGUAUACAGUAGAUGUGAGUUAACAAUCACUCAGGAUGAACCAACAUAUUAAUAGAUUCCUAGUACUGGGGUGUGUCUGUGUCUCUGUGUGUCAGUGUUCAGUGAUUCCUUUGAAAAAGACUUCUUAUUGUUUUCUUGCAGGUAGUGAAUACUUUUGGGUUGGAUGUUGCGAGCUGGUUAUUUAUGGAAAAACACCGUAUGAUUAAACAGAAUUGAGCCAUUUAACGUUUGUUUUCCAUAUCAAAGAUUCCAGGAGAAAGCUAGUAAAGAUUUUUAAUAAUUAAACCAGAUACUCUCGGUAGGUUUUAGAUUUACUGUGGUAGCUUUUAUUUGCUAUUAAAAAAACCCACAAACCCCAACAACUAAAUUGAUGUACCCUGUGCUGUGUUUUUUUAAAUUUGUAAUUCCUGUACUUUGCAGUGAACCUUUUGAUCUGUUUUCAUCCUUGUGCAAACACAGGCUAUGCCAUCAGUUUUACUAGCAAAAAGAGAAACAUUCUGCAAGCGUUAAAAGAUUAUUUUCUUACUUUUUUCUGUCCCACUAGGUUUGUUUUUCCAAACUAAGUUUUCUGAGGAUUUUUACUACCUUAGCAUUAUGUAAUCUUAUCUCUGUCAUAGAAGGAGCGUAAGCAGCAAGUAGCCCACUUCUUGUAGCAGAGAGGUGGGGCAAACAGCCGUGGAUUGUUGGUGGGUGCCCUUCUUUGCCAGGACAGCCCUGAGUGCUGGUACAACCCCCAAGAUGUUUGAGAUUCGGUACUGGUGAAGGACUAAACAAAAUGGGUUUCUAAUAAACCGUGACCUCUGCUGUAUGCUGUCCUUUAACCUGGGACCAGGGAAAAAUCUUCGUUCUUAGACCUGAAGAUGGCACGUAUCGAAGAUCAUGUUAUUGGUGCAUGUAAGCCAUUAUCUUAACUGUCUUACUGAGCUGGUUAAUGCUGUUGACUUGUUGAAAUGUGAAAUGUAGUUACUAUUGACUUUGUAAAUACCUGCCAGAGAUGAAAUAUAAUUAUUUUAAAUUGUUGUAAAUAGAGAUGUAUAAAACUUGACACAGUCUGCAAUGCAGAAAAAAUAAUUAUAUAUAUAUAAAUAUAUAAAGAUGUUAAAUAAAUAUUGUGCUGUUUCCGA